UAUCAACUCGACAAGUUGCAAAUACUGGAGUUGAACUAUUGCAAAAACUUAAAGGAGCUUCCCUCAUGUUUAUAUCAACUCGACAAUUUGCGUCGUCUUGAAUUAUUAGAUACUGAAGUGAAAAAUGUGGUAGCACAUUUGGGAAAGUUGAAGAAUCUUCAAGUAAUGAUGAAUUCUAUUCAUGUUGAGAAAAGUAAGGAAAACUAUUUUCAGCAAUUAGGAGAACUCGAUCUUCAUGGAAGUCUAAAAAUUAAUGAUCUGCAUAAUAUUGAGAAUCCCUCCUAUGCAUUAAAAGCAGAUUUGAAGAACAAACCACACCUUGUGGAACUAUGGUUAGAAUGGAAUUUCAUUGGUAGCUCCUCUGUUGAUUCAGAAAAGGCUGAGAAUGUAAUUGAGAAUCUACGUCCUUCAAAAUAUUUGAAGGAGUUGUCAAUAAGAAACUAUAUUGGUAAACAAUUUCCAGAUUGGUUACUUCAUAAUUCAUUACCAAAUCUGGUAUCCUUAGUGUUGGAGGGAUGUGAAUCUUGCCAAAGUUUACCUCCGCUUGGACUUUUUCAAUUUCUUAAGUACUUGAGCAUUGCAAGACUUGAUGGGAUAGUGAGUAUUGAUGCUGAUUUUCAUGGAAACAACUCUUCUUCGUUUAAAUCCCUUGAAAGAUUAUAUUUCUCUGAUAUGAGGCAAUGGGAAAAGUGGGACUGCAAGGCUGUGACAGGUGCUUUUCCAUGUCUACGAGAUUUUUCAAUACAAAACUGUCCCAAGCUGAAAGGGCACCUGCCAAAGUUUGUUGCUUUAGAAUAUCUAAGAGUGGUUCACUGCGAACAACUUGAAGCUUUGAUUGUCAGUAUGGUAGAAUUAAGUCAAAGAGUUGAAGAGUUGUCCAUUUGUUCAACUCUGGAGUCAUUAAGUGAUGAUUUUGUCUCUCUAAAGAUCUUUCCACUAGAUUUCUUCCCAACACUCAGGUUUCUUGAACUCGGUGGAUUUCCUAAUCUACAGAUGAUUUCGCAGAAUCAUGUUCAAAAUCAUUUCGAGGGUCUGACAAUCAAAGAGUGUCCUAAAUUAGAAUCAUUGCCUGCAAACAUGCAUAUGCUGCUUCCAUCUCUCAGAGAGCUACACAUAGAAGAGUGUCCAAGACUUGAGUGGUUAUCUGAAGGAGGUUUUCCAUUAAAUCUAAGAUGGUUAUCUGAAGGAGGUUUUCCAUUAAAUCUAAGAUUCACCAGACUGACUAAUUGCAUUAGACUUGUUGGCUCACUGAAAAGAGCUUUAGGAGACAGUCCUUAUUUGACAACAUUAAAUAUUGGAAAAGUGGAGGCUGAAUGUUUUCCUGAUGAAGGUUUGCUUCCACUCUGUCUUAUUAUACUAAUAAUAUCUGAUUGUCCAAAUCUAAAAAAAUUGAACUACAAGGGUCUCUUAGAACUCUCAUAUCUUAAAUAUCUGAAACUUGUGAAUUGUCCCAACCUCGAAUGCUUACCAGAGGAGGGUCUUCCCAAAUCAAUUUCAUAUUUUGAAAUAAAGAAGUGUCCUUUGCUGGAACAGCGUUGCAACAAAGAAGAAGGCGAAGACUGGGAAAAGAUUUCUCACAUUCCAGGGGUGUUUAUAUGUUAGUGAGGUUGUUUCCUUUGUUUAAUUUUGUUUAAUGUUAGGGAUAGUUUAA